AUGGACGCCAUUGUUGUUUUAUGUCAUUUCUGUGAACAACAUGGUCCAUCAGUAAUAAUGUGUACCCAGUCAUUUAAACAACCACAAUCAAAGUUAUCUGUAAAUAAUGUACCCGAUGUUACUACUGCCACAGCUAAUAAUAAUAAAGAUGUAAACCCAUAUCAAAGAAAAUUAUCUAAUCAUGCUCUACAAAGUAGCGAUGAUGCUAUUCUUACUGGGAUAGAUGUUCCACCUAUCCCUUUACCAUCUUCAUCGUCAAGAUUCUCAGUGAUAUCAUCAAACAUUACUCAACAGCAACAGCAAUCACACCCAGCUUGUAAAGCAUGCUCAUCUAUUUUGUUGCGUGAUGAACUAGGAAUAAUUAGCUAUGAUCAUUCUGCCAGUCUUUCAUAUAUUUCUACUCAGUUUCCAAAAGACGCUGACUUAAGUACACAUGUUCGAAAUGCAUGCUUGCGAAGUCUUUCUAGUGAGGUUUGCCCAGGUCAAGUUGGUGCAUUUUACUUUGGUGAUGAGAUAAAUGGUCAUGUUUUAAGUUAUAAUUUCCCUUUGAAUGAUUCACGUGCGCGUGGUAAUCAAAGUCGUUUCAGUAUUUUGGUGUUAUCAUGGGAUAAGAUUUACCUACUAAAUUUAUGGUCAUUUUUGAUAUCGAAUAUAUCACGUAUGGUUUCUCGUCUACGUCUAGCAGCCAAUCGAGUAUAUAAUGAUGAGACUUCAGAUAAUACAACUGCUGCUGUUGUCAAUGCAAUGACUCAUUCAAAUCCACCGAAGCCAAUAACUCCAUUGAGAAGAUGUGCUACACCUCCAGCUUCGUUAGCUCCUAAUCUUUACAAACAGGCUAUUGCAGCAGGUAAUGCUGUUACGGCAGGAUAUGGUUUAUACAGUAAUGCAACAUUAGGAAGAGAAACUAAACAAAAAAGAGCUACCGAUUCAGAUAUGCGUUCGCUGGCUGAUUUAACAAAAGAUGAUCAAAUAUUUUAUCGUCUACAUGCUUGGUUCACAUGGUUACUUCGUGCUGCUGGCCGUCGAUGGAGUAUAGUUCCUCCUUCUAUUGCACCACCAGUUGAUGAAGAUUCAAUUGUAGCUCAAGAAGAAUACGAAGCCUAUAUUUCAGCUGGUUUUGAAUGUUUAACUACAUCUAGUUCAAGAAAUGCUACUGCCUCUACCGUCGCUGCCACUGCUAACACUUUUAAUUUACCUAGUCAUAAACUUGGUAAUAGUAUGAGUUGUAUUAGUCAAUCAAGUGGUUCUACAUUAUUAUCAAAAUCAUUAAAUCAUUCAACAACAAAUAGUACAAGAGAUUCAAUUGAAACAGAUAAUAACAAAAAAUUACCUCUUUAUUUAAACAAUAUGUCAGUAGAAAUGGCGAAUUCCAUUUCUUUCAUGAUCUUAUCCAGACUAUUCGCUGUACUUGGUAUCAAUCCAUUUAGUCGAUUAGUUCAGCAUAUAGCUGUUGGAAAUCAAUUAGUUGUACAAUCAUUAACUGAAGAUAUACACUCUACACUGACAUUGUCUGCAUUAGCUAAACUAUUACCGAAAGGAUGUAUUAGACAGGUAAUAGCAAGUCAUGAAUAUUUGGCACCAUUUCGUUGUAAUCUAUUAAGUGUAACAAAUAAUUUAUUAAUGUUAGAAGAAGAUGUAAAUAUGGCUAAAGAUGUUCUUUAUUUAGCUGUAUAUCGUUGUGAAUGUAAAUCAUCAUUAUCAUCAUCAUUUUCAUUAAAUGAUACAACAAUAACAUCUAAUGAAAGUAAUGAAGAAUAUUUUCUACAAUCAUAUGUCAAUUCUUUAAAUUUUAAAUUAUGUUCAACAAUUCCAUCAUUUGAUUCAGAAUUAAUUUUAUUUAAACAAUCUUUACCUUGUCGUUAUAUCUCUACUUCAAAUAAUCAUCCAUCUAUUACUACCAUUGCUCGUCAACUUCUAUCUAAUAGUGGUGGACGUAUGGCCAUCUCGAAUUAUGUACAACAAGUUAUUAAAUUAUUCAAUAUUAAUCCAGCAUUACCAAUUGAUGUAUGUACAUUUGCUUUAUCCACCAUACAACAUGAAUGGAUUCAUCGUGCACGUUUAUUAUAUUCAUUUAAACGUUGUCAAGGAUCAUCAUUGAGCGGUGAGGAAGCAACUCGUCGUUGGACAAAUGUACUCACAUCAAUCAAUUGUCAAUCAGCUGAAAAUGCAGCUGUUGCAAGAUUUUGGCAAGGUGCUUUAAGUCAAUACUCUCGUAAUAAUAUAUGUCAUUUACGUAAAUGUCCAACAGCUACUAAUUCAACGAAUACAUCAAGACGUGGUUCCUUUAGUUCGAGUAAUGCUGAUUUAAAUGCUGCUGUAUUAGCAGCUUCAACAAAUUAUCAAUCGGUUUCAUUAAAUGAUUAA